ACGAAGACGACGACGGAGUAUCGCGAGGGACGAGGACGAGAGGAAUCUCAUCUUCUCCGAUCUCUCAUUGCCUCGUCGCCGCCACCGCCGCCGCCGCCGCCAUCGUCACCGGACCUUUCGGCAUCCCUAGAUUUUGAUCGAUCGUCCACGUCCCAGUGCGAGCGAUGGACCCAAUGCGGCGUGACGAGGAGUAUGGUCUCGGCGGAUCGUCGGAGAUCGUCGACGCGGACAAAAUAGGCGCUGAGGACGAUGCGUUCGCUAUCCCCCCGAAGAAUGCGCCGACGGAGCGUCUGCGUCGAUGGAGGCAAGCAGCUCUUGUGUUAAAUGCUGCACGUAGAUUUAGAUACACACUUGACUUGAAGAAGGAGAAUGAGAAAGAGGAAGUGAGAAGUAAAAUAAGAACCCACACACAAGUCAUACGGGCAGCAUUUCUCUUCAAAGAAGCAGGAGAAACACCACCACCACCAGAUGCUACUGGAGGAAAACCAGUACUUCAAGAAGGUGAUUUUCCUAUUGCCGUCGAAAAGCUUAUGGAAAUAAAUAGGGAACAUGAUUUAACUGCACUAAAAGAAUUUGGAGGGGUUAAGGGGCUGUCAAAUAUAUUGAAAUCCAGCACAGAGAGGGGUAUCGUUGGAGAUGAGACAGAUUUAUUAAAUAGAAGAAACAUAUUUGGGGCAAAUACAUAUCCACAAAAGAAAGGGAAGAGCUUUCUGGUUUUUGUGUGGGAGGCUUGCCAAGAUUUAACACUAAUCAUACUAAUGGUAGCUUCAGUUCUUUCUUUGGUAUUGGGUAUAAAAACAGAAGGCUUAAGUGAAGGAUGGUAUGAUGGAGGAAGCAUCGCCUUUGCUGUUAUUCUGGUUAUACUUGUUACAGCCAUCAGUGAUUAUAAACAAUCCCUCCAAUUUCAACAUCUGAAUGAAGAAAAGAGAAACAUUCACUUGGAGGUAAUUAGAGGUGGUAGAAGGAUAGAAGUUUCCAUAUAUGACAUAGUGGUUGGUGACAUUCUCCCACUUAAGAUCGGAGAUCAGGUUCCAGCUGAUGGGAUAUUAGUCUCUGGCCUUUCUCUUGCCAUUGAUGAAUCUAGUAUGACUGGAGAAGCCAAAAUUGUUCAUAAGGACCAAAAGGCACCAUUUUUGAUGUCUGGUUGCAAGGUUUCUGAUGGUUAUGGCACCAUGUUGGUAACUGCUGUCGGAAUUAAUACUGAAUGGGGUCUGUUAAUGGCUAACAUUUCCGAGGACAAUGGGGAAGAAACACCUCUGCAGGUGCGAUUGAAUGGUCUUGCCACGUUGAUUGGUACUGUGGGGUUGUCUGUUGCUGUUGCUGUUCUUGUUGUCCUUGUGUCUAGAUACUUUACUGGCCAUACCAAAAAUCCUGAUGGAACUAUUCAGUUUCUGAAGGGACAGACUAGUGCAAGUGCUGCCUUCGAUGGAGCCGUUAAAAUCCUGACUAUUGCGGUAACCAUAGUAGUCGUUGCAGUUCCAGAAGGGUUACCAUUAGCUGUGACAUUAACUCUUGCGUACUCAAUGCGAAAGAUGAUGGCAGACAAGGCUUUGGUUAGAAGACUUUCAGCUUGUGAAACCAUGGGAUCAGCAACAACAAUAUGCAGUGAUAAAACUGGUACUUUGACACUCAAUCAGAUGACCGUUGUAGAGGCUUUGGUUGGAGGGAUGAACUCCCAGUCUCUUGACAAUUGUGAUACAUUGUCUAAAUCGCUAGUUUCUUUACUGAUCGAAGGCAUUGCUCAGAAUACUACUGGAAAUGUGUUUGAGCCUGAAGAUGGUGGAAUUGUAGAGGUGACUGGCUCACCUACAGAAAAGGCAAUCCUUUCCUGGGGAAUCAAGCUGGGAAUGAAGUUCGAUCUUGUGAGGAAAAGUUCAUCAAUUCUUCAUGCAGUUCCUUUCAACUCAGAGAAAAAGCGUGGUGGUGUCGCUAUAAAUCUGGCAGACUCAACAGUUCAUGUGCACUGGAAAGGAGCUGCUGAAUUGAUCUUAGCUGCUUGUACAAGAUGGAUUGGCAUUGAUGGUUCUAUUCAAAUGCUGAAUCCAGAGAAGGCAUGUCUUAUUCUUUUAAUACCUUCAACUAAUAUCUGGCUAACAUCUUUAAUUAUACAGGUGGAUGAAUUUAAAAAAUCUAUUGAAAUCAUGGCAGCAAAGAGCCUACGUUGUGUUGCGUUUGCAUAUAAAAUGUAUGAUCACGAUAGAGUUCCAGAAGUAGAUAAGAGGGGUGAUUGGAAGUUACCUGAGGACGAACUUGUUAUGCUUGCUAUAGUUGGAAUAAAGGAUCCUUGUCGUCCAGGCGUUAGAGAGGCUGUCACAUUAUGCACCUCUGCUGGUGUCAAGGUUCGCAUGGUUACGGGCGACAAUAUAGAAACAGCCAAGGCUAUAGCUAUGGAGUGUGGAAUACUUGAUCCCACUUCAGCUCUUUCUGAGUCAAGCAUCAUUGAGGGAAGAGAAUUUCGUGUCCUCUCCGAAUCUGCAAGACAAGCUAUUGCUGACAAAAUAUGUGUAAUGGGUCGGUCCUCGCCAAACGACAAACUCCUGCUUGUUCAAGCCUUGCGGAAAAAGGGGCAUGUUGUCGCCGUUACUGGAGACGGAACUAAUGAUGCUCCAGCAUUACAUGAGGCAGAUAUAGGUCUAUCAAUGGGAAUUCAGGGGACAGAAGUUGCAAAAGAAAGCUCAGACAUCAUUAUAUUGGACGACAAUUUUGCAUCCGUUGUAAAGGUUGUCCGAUGGGGCCGUUCUGUGUAUGCCAACAUUCAAAAAUUCAUUCAAUUUCAACUUACAGUCAACAUCGCAGCACUCAUAAUAAAUGUGGUAGCUGCUGUUUCAACCGGAGAUGUGCCGCUCAACGCUGUUCAGCUUCUCUGGGUCAACCUAAUCAUGGACACUCUUGGAGCACUAGCACUGGCAACAGAACCACCUACCAAUGAACUAAUGAAGAGAUCUCCUGUUGGUCGAAGAGAACCUCUAGUUACUAAUAUCAUGUGGCGAAAUAUAAUCGUACAAGCUUUAUAUCAAGUGGGAAUCCUACUAAUUUUCAACUUCGCUGGUAAGAACAUACUGCAUUUGCUGAAGGACGAUCCGGCACAUGCAGAGAAAGUCAAGACUACCUUCGUGUUCAAUACCUUCGUAUUUUGCCAAAUAUUCAAUGAAUUCAAUGCCCGUAAACCAAAUGAGAUGAAUAUCUUUAGCGGUGUGACAAAGAACUACCUUUUCAUGGGGAUCAUAGGGAUUACUUUAAUACUGCAGGUUUUGAUUAUCGAAUUCCUUGGGAAAUUUACAUCGACUGUGAGACUUAAUUGGAAGUUGUGGCUGGUGUCUAUUGUGAUUGCUCUUGUAAGCUGGCCUCUUGCGGUGAUCGGGAAGUUGAUUCCGGUUCCUGAGAUUCCUUUAGCGGUGUAUUUUUCUAGCAUCUGUUGCUCAAGAAGAUCGCAGUGAGAUAUCUCCUAGUUUCCUUCGUAAUAACAACCUUCAUGGUGAUUUAGCUUUUAUCAUAUUCGUUGAUAUUCUUGGAAAUAAGCCCGAAAGGUAUUGAACUCAAAUUCCUUGCAUGUUGAUUCUAUCAAUCUCAUGUCUCAUUGUUACUUUACACUUCCCCAGAAUAUAAAUAUCACACA